AUGCCUACAUACUGGCUCUCAGACUCGCAGAAAGUAGGCGUAGCCUUCUGUACCGGUGGUUUCUUCUUCCUCCUCUUCGGCCUCGUACUCUUCUUCGACCGCGCCCUUCUCGCCAUGGGCAACAUUCUCUUUCUCGUUGGCAUCACUCUACUUCUCGGGCCACAACGAACAUUCGCUUUCUUCGCACGCAGACAGAAGUGGCGGGGUAGUGCUGCUUUCUGGGCAGGCAUCCUGCUUAUUCUAUUGGGGUGGACGUUGGUGGGUUUUGUGAUCGAGGCUUAUGGCAUAUUUGUGCUGUUUGGAGAGUUCUUCAAAACGAUAGCAGGAUUCGCGUACAACAUCCCAGUGGUCGGGCCCUAUCUCGCAAGAGCGCUGCAAGUUGCUGGAGACAAGGCG